AUGUCCUCGGGCUUUGUGUCGGCCGGCACCAACGAGGAGCCCGUGGAGCGCGACGAUGCCUGGCUCAAGGCGCAGCAGGAAUUGGAGGAGGAACGGCGGCGCAAGGCCGAGAUAGGCCAGCAGGAUGGCGGCAAGAGCCUCUUUGAGGUCCUGCAACAGAACAAAAUGGCCAAACAAGAACAAUUCGAGGAGAAGAUGCGGCUGAAGAACCAGUUCCGCUCCCUGGACGACGAUGAAAUAGAAUUUUUGGAUUCCGUGCUCGAGUCGACGCGCGCGCAAGAGGCCACCCUAAAAAAAGACACUGCAGACCAGCUGGAGGCCUUUCGGAAGCACCGCGAAGAGGCGGAGAAGGCCCUGUUAGGACCGACAUCUUCAGAGGUCACCCCCGCGGAGGACGAAGAAUGGACCAUACCGGCUCGCAAACGGCGGCGUGACAAGGGCAAGGACUCGUUACUGUCAGGUAAAAAGCGCAAGCCAUCACUAGCCCAGAGUAGUGAAAAACCGAGCGUUGCCAAGGAAGAUGAAGCUCGGAAGUCCGGCCAAGAAGGUCGACUAGCUGCUGGCAAGACGGGUGCGGAGACGACAUCGUCUACGACAGCGCCUACAUCUGCGCCAAUGACGAAAGCAGCUGAGAAAGCCACAACGCCUACCUCAGACUCUAGAGGCCCCUCGGGUGAUAACCAGCCAGCCAAACCAGCUCCCAUUUCACUGGGGCUGGCUGGAUAUGGAUCUGACUCCGAUUCUGAAUAA